CAGCUUAGCAAGUUCGCAUGAGCAUACCAUCAUAGUUCAAUAAUCGACGAAUUAACAGUCAGUCUUUGGGCCUAGAUAUGAGGUUUUUUGUAUCAGCUCUAUUUCUUCUUGUCAUUUUUUCAUAUGCAGCUGCAUAUGAUCCCUUGGAUCCAAAUGGAAACAUAACCAUAAGAUGGGAUAUAAUGUCUUGGACAGCAGAUGGCUAUGUGGCCACUGUAACCAUAAACAACUUCCAAAUGUAUCGGCACAUAAUGAGCCCCGGGUGGACAUUAGGUUGGACAUGGGCUAAAAAAGAAGUGAUAUGGUCUGCGGUGGGGGCGCAAACCACCGAGCAAGGUGACUGCUCUAAGUUCAAAGGAAACAUACCUCAUUGUUGCAAGAAAACCCCCACAGUUGUGGACUUGCUUCCAGGCGUGCCAUACAACCAACAAUAUCAAAACUGUUGCAAAGGUGGAGUAAUAGGUGCUUGGGGCCAAGAUCCUUCAGCUUCUGUCUCGGCUUUCCAGCUGAGUGUUGGAAUGGCUGGUACUUCAAACAAGACUGUAAAACUUCCCAAGAACUUCACUCUGCUAGGACCAGGUCCAGGCUACACUUGUGGCAAGGCUAAAGUUGUGCCUCCCACCAGCUUUUUCUCACCUGAUCGUCGUCGUAAGACUCAAGCUCUCAUGACAUGGAAUGCGACAUGUACUUAUUCACAGCUUCUGGCCAGGAAAAACCCAAGUUGUUGUGUAUCACUCUCGUCCUUCUACAACGAAACAGUUGUUCCUUGCCCAUCUUGUUCUUGUGGUUGCCAUAACAAGGACAGGUGUGUCAAAAGCAACUCCAAAAUGUUGAGCAUGGUGGGAGUUAACACACCAAAGAAAGAUAAUGCCCCUCUAAUGCAGUGCACACACCACAUGUGCCCGGUGAGAGUUCACUGGCAUGUAAAAGUGAACUACAAGGAGUACUGGCGUGUGAAGGUUUCGGUUACAAACUUUAACUAUCGGAUGAACUACACGCUUUGGACUCUGGUUGUUCAGCAUCCUAAUCUCAACAAUGUCACACAAGUUUACAGUUUUGAUUACAAGCCUAUUGUUCCGUAUGAGUCCAUAAAUGAUACUGGUAUGUUCUAUGGAUUGAAAUACUUCAAUGACCAAUUAAUGGAAGCCGGGCCAUUAGGGAACGUUCAGUCGGAGAUUCUUCUUAAGAAGGACACAAACACAUUCACAUUCAAGGAGGGGUGGGCAUUUCCUCGCAAAGUUUACUUCAAUGGUGAUGAGUGCCAGAUGCCUCCACCUGAUGCAUACCCAUUUCUUCCUAAUUCUGCCCCUCAGAAUCUACUUUCUUUCCCUGCGUUGGUUUCCACAUUAAUUUUGUUGUUGGUAGCUAUUUGGUGAUGUGGGUACUUAGAGUUUUUUA